AUGCUAACGUUAGCUAAAAUAGAAAAUUGUAAACUUGUUGAUGAUUAUAUAAAAAGAAAUAAAAUUAAUCAACUCAACACUGAAAGUUUACUACAAGCAAAAAAUCAAUUAAAUAAAUACAAAUGUGAUUUGAAAUCAGAAUUUGUUUCAAUGGAAAGGAAUAAUAAAAUAAAAAAAAUAAAAUAUGAUAAAAUAAUUAGAAAAUCCGUGGAAAUUUCAAAACGAUUUAAAAAUAAAAAUGGACAAAGUACGAGGACGUUUAAAAGUUUAAUUUUUUCCGCUAAAGAAUCAAAUAAAAAUGAAAAUUAUUUAAAUUUAUUUGAAUUUGAUGUUAGCGAAUUGGAUGAUGUUGUUAUACCGGAAGAAAAUUUAGAACAACAAAAUUGCCAUGUUGACGGUGAUGAAGAUGAUGAAUUAUUAUUAUUAUUAUCUGAAAAUUUAUUACCGGGACGAGAAUGCUUAGAUAAUGUUGACGUAGUACAGAGUGAGGUCAACGAUGAUGUUGGAAAAGAAAAGAAAAAAGAAAAUUUAACGUUGGAAAAAUGUAUGGAAAAUGAUUUGACACACAAAGAAAGUCAAUAUUUUAAUGUUAUGAAUAAAACAAAUUUAAAAUUUGAAAAAAUAUUAAGAGAGGAAAAAGUCACGUGUGAGGAAAAACAAGAGGAAAACAAAAGGAAAAAAAAAUUAAAUAAAAAUUUUAAUUUUGAUGAUAUGAAAACCGGAAAAAUUAAAAAAAAUAUUUUUAACGAUGAUUACGAUUUACAAUGUAAAAAAAAGAAAAAAAAAUUUUUGAUUAACGAACGACAACCGGAAGUGCGACAACCGGAAGUGGGACAACGUGAAGAAUUUAAAUUCGAUAAUGGCGGCGGAGAAUCAUCGGAAAACAUAUCGAAUUCAAUGGAAAAUGAAAACAGUUAA